AUGGUUAAACAACCACAAGACAACAAUACCACAAAUCAUCUUAUUGUAUUACGUCCGAAUUUAACAGUUUUGGCGUUCUACGAUACAGAACGACAAUAUUCCGUUAAUAAAAUUUAUCCAUGUUAUGUUCACAAAAAAUUGUUGGCAGGUUCUGAUAAUGAUAAUGGAAAAAUUAAUUUAAAAUUUGCUUUUCAAUGGGAAAAACCAUCAAAAACAACAUCUAUUGUCUGGUUGUCGAUUGAUUCAUCAUGCAUAAUUCUUACAAUUAUUUGUGCGCUUCUUGCUAGUUGUUGUGUGUAUUGCGAAUAA